UGACUGUUUGGGAGAUAGUGUUGUUUAUAUGUGAAGAUGAAGGCCGUACUGCAAACGAUACGGAUACUAGUCAUAACCAGUUUAAUCAUCGAAAACGUCCGCUGUCAGGAUGGAUUUAGCGAUCAGGACCUACUUCGUCUUCAGCAACUCGCAACCAACGAUGGUCAAAUUGAGACGAUCACAAGCUACAGUACCAACAUCAUCCAGAGAGACCCGAGCAGCCAGUCAGUGAGUUCCGUCAGUGUGCAGUAUCACCUGACAGACGACGCACAGAAAAACGAAGAAUUCAACAGAGCAGAUCGCGGAAGAUCUAGGAAAGUUUACCGCAUCAAAAAUCCUUUUCAACGUCAGUUGGAGCAGGAUGACGGGCAAAAGACCGAGGUUCUACAGGACAGCGAUUCUGGGGCUAGCAACCAGUAUGCGGCAAUGCAGUACUCUCUGCCCCCUGAGGAGUUCUUACAGCAAAUGAGGGCAGAGAACCAAUAUUUACAACAACAACAACAACAACAACAACAGCAACAACAACAACAACAGCAGCAGCAGCAACAGCAACAUCAGCAGCAAUAUGUAUCUACUCCCGCACCCAAUCUAAGUUACACUGUAACUCCGCAAACCCAAUACCAAUACUCGACAAUCAAACCCUCUAAUUAUGAAAAUAACCGUCCCAAUCAAAUACCACAGCUGGAACCAAAAAUGUCACACUCGCAGUACCACUCCAACAAUAAUCCUUUCCAAUUUAAUGGUCACAAUGCAUAUUCAUAUGAUGGUGUACAAAGCACCCCCUCACCCCUUCCGUCGUAUGUAUCUACAUCGUUACCUAAUAAUCAGUAUGUUGGCACUCCAACAAACACUUAUGUAUCUAGCUCAUCGCCAGUGUUUCUCUCCAGCCAGCCUAAUUUACAAUAUGUAUCAUCCCCUGUAGCAAUUCAAUCCAGCUCACUUGAUUACAAUAAUAAUAGACCUACGUCUACAUUAAGCAAUCCAUUUAAUUAUGAAAAUAAUGAUUUAGGUAAAAAAAUGCAAAUAGAUCAUUAUGACAACUCUGCUAAUGGAAUCAGAUACCCAAACCAACAACAGUACCAGAACGAAUAUCAAACACCUACACCGUCGCCAUCAUCGUCUUCUUAUCCGGAUCCCGUACGUGAAAACUGGCAAAAUGCUGUGAAUGCUGGCGUUAAUACAUUAACUAAAUCAUUACAAGAAGUUUCUCUAUCACAAUAUAAUAAUUCACCAUACAAUAACCAUCAGGAAGGUUUAUCCGAUAAUGUCGACAAUACAAAUAGUGACACCCACCGUAUAGGCAAUUUGGCAUCAGCAAAUAACGUAUAUAUGAACUUCGUCCAACCCGAUUACCAGGCAUUAAGUAACAUACGCAGUCGGACCAGAGAUGUAGAACAAGAAACUACACAGCCGGGCUAUUACUCUCAUGGUGACUACGGGUGGAAAAUGGGCGAUAAGAGACAAUCUGUCUCCCAUGACAAUUACCCAUCAGGGAACUUCCCGAGGCAGCAAGUUAUAGGGUUACAACCUGAACAGGCCGUUAGUCAAAUGUCGUUUCAUAUGGAUACUGGCAAACCAUACAGUUAUGAUCAGAUUUCUAAAUCGGCUCCAGACAAUUACGACACUCAAGAAUUUGCAAAAGCCGCUGCCAAAGCUCAUGAACAACUGAAACAACAACAAAUGUAUGAUCUUUAUCAAUCGGCGUUUAAUAACAAUAACCAAGGAAACUCUUAUUACAACACAAAUGACAAAAAAUCUUUGCAGCCGAUCCCGUAUGGAAGUAACCAACAGGAUCUUAUUACAGCGUCGCCAUUUUACUACCAAAAUGGAAGAGAAAAUAACGGUGAUUCUAAACCAAAACAACCCUUUGACCAUGCUAAAGCAUUAAAAAAUAUAGUGCCUAUUGACGUCUCUAAUGUAGUUCCAAAUUCUGAUAACGUAAAAACGCCCCAUUUAGAUGGCAAUAGCAGAUAUACCCUACAAAAUUACAACAAAGAUAUAAACGAACAUAAUUUGAAGCAAUAUUAUAAACAAAUAACUGACGCAUAUUACAAAGAUAAGAAUACUGGUUAUGGCUACAACAUAAAAAGCAGCAAAUCAGAGGAUGUCGCAGAUGAACAAAACCCCUUUUACGAAAUGCUGAAAGGUAAAACACCAGGCGACGACACACAUUUAUUGGGAUUACGAGAUCAGUUUACGAAACCAACGCCUAUCAAACUUGACAUGUCUCAACUGCAGCAACUUCUGCUUAAAAAUGAUAAUUAUGGUGGCCUAUCAGCAGUAAGCGACAACCUAAACGCUUACAGUAACCCUUACUUUGAUAUUUAUAACUCUGGCAGAUAUCCUUACCAGGGAGUAAAAUACUCACGAAGUCAAGAAGAAGAAGAAAGUUUGCCCAUAGCAGAUGCUUCAAACAACUACCCAAUUGGUGCGGUCAUAGAAACGGAUGAUUCUUUAAACGCUCACGAGAGCAUGUCUACUAUCGAUUUAACAGCACAGAGUGGCGAUACACUAAAUAGUUUUACAGAAGAUAAACCAAAACGACCGCACUUAACGAGAGGAGACCGGCAGAGACAUCCGAAUGCACUUUUACCUGGUCAUCAUCCGCCAAGAAAAUAUCCUAAAGGUGUUGAUGAACCUUACCCACUGUUAAAACCACCUCCUCCAUCACAUUCCAAAGGCAGAGGAAGCCAUGGCAGGUACGGCCGCAGACGCCGCAUUAUCAAACCUAAAAUUACGAGAAUAUUGAGAACAGAGCCAUUGUUUGAAGCUGAAACCUCAAAGGAAGAGGUGGAUACUGCAAUGGCUUUACUGAGACCUCCAGCUCCCGUUAUAGAAGCGAAAUCUGAUAAUUUCAGUGAAGAAGAGGAAAGUACGUAG